UGAUCAUCAUCCAUUACUCCGGGGAUUCUUUUCCGGCUCUUCUCCGUUUUGUCCUUCUGCGCUGCUCAGCGCCUCGUCUCGUCUGUCCACCGCCUGGAAAGGGCAGUGAGUCGUGACCAGCCAGACACGGAUAGGGUAUAAGCAACCCCCCUCCAGCACCACGAGGCAGUAAGCCGUCAUGGGGAAGAAGUACUUUGGCCUCCGUGGCCGGGCCCUCAAUUGGGCCAUUGGCACCAUUGCUGGUUGUGAUUUUCUGCUCUUCGGUUACGACCAGGGUGUCAUGGGCGGCAUCUUGACGCUUCCCAUCUUCCUCAGCCAGUUCCCCAAAAUCAACGACAAAGAAGCGGGCCUCAGUCCCUCGGAGGCGUCCAACCGCUCCACGUACCAGGGCAUCGCCAUCGCCUCGUACAAUUUGGGCUGCUUCAUCGGCGCUGUCAUCACCAUCUUCAUUGGAAACCCUCUCGGUCGCAAGCGCAUGAUUUUCCUCGGCACCGCCAUCAUGAUCGUCGGCGCUGCUCUUCAGGCUUCUGCCACUACCUUGGAGCACUUCAUCAUUGGUCGCGUCAUCACUGGGCUUGGUAACGGCGGCAAUACCUCAACAGUGCCCAUGUGGCAGUCGGAAACGUGCUCGGCCCAUAAGCGAGGCAAGCUGGUCAUGAUUGAGGGUGCUCUCAUUACGGGUGGCAUCAUGAUUUCAUACUGGGUCGAUCUCGGCCUGUCUUUUGCGCCCGGCUCCGUCGCAUGGCGCUUCCCACUGGCCUUCCAGAUCGUCUUCUGCAUUUUCAUCCUUGCCUUUGUUCUCGGCCUGCCCGAGUCCCCUCGCUGGCUGAUCCUCAAGGGCCGCGACGCCGAGGCCCGUGAGGUCAUAGCAGCUAUAGCUGAUGUUGAUCAGCAUGACCGAUAUGUCGAGAACGAGUUCCGCGCCAUCAAGGAAACCGUCGAGGAGAUGGCCAAGGGAACCUUUGCCGACUUGUUCGCCCGCGAUAAGAACCGCACCCUGCACCGCACCAUCAUCGCCUACGUCAACCAGAUGUUCCAACAGAUUUCGGGUAUCAACCUCAUCACUUACUACGCGGCCAAGAUCUAUUCCGACCUCGGCAUGUCGCCCUUCCUCUCCCGCCUGUUGGCUGCCCUCAACGGCACCGAGUACUUCAUUGCUUCGUGGCCCGCCGUCUUCCUCGUCGAGCGCGUGGGACGUCGCAAGCUCAUGCUUUUCGGCGCCGUGGGCCAGGCCGCCACCAUGGCCAUCCUCGCUGGCGUCAACUCGCAAGAGGGCAACAAGGCGUGCCAGAUUGCCGGCAUCGCCUUCCUGUUCGUCUUCAACACCUUCUUCGCCUUCGGCUGGCUCGGCAUGACAUGGCUGUAUCCGGCCGAGAUCACCCCACUGCGCACACGCGCGCCGGCCAAUGCCUUGUCCACGUCGUCGAACUGGAUCUUCAACUUCAUGGUCGUCAUGAUCACCCCUGUCGCCUUCACCAACAUCAAGUACCACACAUACACCAUUUUCGCCAUCAUCAAUGCCAUUAUGGUGCCUUCGGUCUACUUCUUCUUCCCCGAGACGGCGUACCGGUCGCUCGAGGAGAUGGACUCGAUUUUCCACAAGGUGUCAGGCUGGAAGGGCGCGUUGACGGUGGUUCACCAGGCCGAAAUCGAGCCCCGGCGAUACGGCAAGAAUGGCGAGCUUCUCAUCGCGGUCGACGAGAUAGUCGAGAAAGGCGCCACGGAGCACCACCAAGGCAGCUCGAGCGACACGGGAAGUGGCGGGGCCAACAACACAAUGUUCACCAACACAGACGAGGAGACGCAGCGCAAGGCGCCGCAGUAAGUCUAGCUGUGCUAAACAUUCGUCGGGGUCCCUUUGCACUUGGCUGUCACCUGCCACGGGGUCUACGUCUCUAGAUUAAGAAGAGACGAGGAAAACGAUACAUGACUUGAUCCCUUUGGGAGGCGACGCAACCUGCAAAGACGGACGAUCAUGAUGAGAGUUGGGGCCCAUGCGGCGCGUUGACAUAUAUACCCUUUGUUUGAAUUCGGGAGAACAGCGGGGGACGUUUUGUUUUUUUUUGGAUUCUGGGACCGGCCCCGUGCAUAUCGGCG